UUGUGAACAACAAGCACCAACGGCACAAGCUGAUCGUGACGUUAUCAUGACUCGUGACGAGCAACCUCGCAGUACUGUAGAGCAUCUGAUCAAGCACUUCCUCCCACGUGUCUGCCAUCGCUUCCUUCUCAACCAAUCGGAAGAGCUGCGGCUUGCUGACGUCAUCCUACGCGCCCUGUUCGGCGCGCUGAGUGGUGCAGCCAUGUUUGCCGCCAUUGCACUGGGCCUGCCCCUGACCUUUGACCUCAAGCUGGCCACAGGAUGCCUCUUUACUGGGGCGUGUGUGGUGGGCGGGGCCACAUCAUCGGCCUUCAGAUGCGCCGUCCUGCUGAUGUUUCCCAGCAUGCUCGGCUCCCGUGGACGCACCUUCCUCUUGCUGCUCGUUGUCUCUGCGCUCUAUUCAGGUCCGGUGUCCAACAUCCAGCACAACGUCGAGACGGCCGCGGAGUCUCUGAGUUGCAAUCUGGACCUUCAAGUGCGCAACGCCAAGUUGUUGUGGAGAGACGCUGUCAAGCCCUUCCUCAAGGUGGCGAAAGAAGUCGUGCAGGGAGAAGCGGAAUUCGAGUCAGAAGCUCGCGGCGCCCAUGGCGCCUUCGCCGACGUCCGGCAGGAAGUUCUCGGUCGGGACGCGAACGGCCGGCUGCUGAAUGAGCGUUCCCAAAACGCCGACCGGAACAGCACGCAGGAACGUUUCGCCCUCAGCACCUUAAUGCAGUGCGACGGUAUGGUCAAGGGGGGCAUCGCGGCGUGCACCAAAUGGUUCUCCGACAAGUGGGCGGAGUGUGCCAAGGCCAUCCAGGUGCCCGUCAUCAAGCACAUCCUGUGCGUGCCCAUGAAGUUCCACUUCCUGUGUAACAUCAUGAGAGGUCAGCGGACACCAGAUCACUCGUACCACAUCAUCGACACAUGCUGUGUGUGUGUGUGUGUGUGUGCGUCCAUUCAGGGGAAACGGCAUUUAUUACCUCUCACGCCAUCUGAGAGACGAAAGUUUGUGGACCCCUGGAGCCCCAAAAUUCACCCUGAAGAAAUCAAAGAAGUGCUGUCAAGUGUCAUUCAGGUUUUGUCGGUGCUCCUUCUGGCAUUGGUCCUGCUGACGGUGGACGUGUCAGUCUUUCGUGUACUGGACGUGGUGAGCAAGCACACGCAUACCACCUUCAACGUCACGAGCAGCCAGCAGGUGGACAUAAAAGUCGGCGGAACCUCAAUGAUGGCGCGCCUCUUGCGGAGGACGUUUUCCGCCUUCAACACAUCGUCGAGGGUUCGCAUCGUAUCCGACAACCAGCGCUGCGUGACUACGCCCUCCUCCCUGGCCGCCUCUGCGUACAUCAGCGUUGCCUGCUGCCUCCUGCUGGCAGCGCUCUUCAGCUGCCUUCAGGUUUACGCUAACCGCCUGCGGAGGGUCAUCGCCGCCUUCUACCACCCCCGGGUAACGCCCCCUUAUCAUCCCUACAUCCAUCCAUCCAUUAUCUGAUCCGCUUCUCCUCACGA